UCCCAAGAUUCGACGAAGCUGGCGGAAAGGGCCUUGCUAGCUUCCGCUGCCGUUUUGGCUUCAGGGCUCCGGCGGCGGGUUCGCGCUGCUUCCGCCGUCGUUUGCGCCGCCGCCGCGGGGCAAACGGAGGGCACAGAGCCAAGCGAGGAGCCCGUGGCUGUGUGGCCAUGGGGCUGUGCCAGGUCCGGUGACCGCAAGGACCGGAGCGGCCCGGGCCCUGAGGGCGUCUCCUUCAGGGGGCCUCGCCCUCUUGCUCGCGGGGCCGGGGCUCCUGCUACCGUUGCUGGCGCUGCUCUUGGCGGCGGCGGCGGCGGCGGCGGCGGCCAGGAUCAUGUCGGGCCGCCGCUGCGCCGGCGGGGGUGCGGCCUGCGCGAGCAUGGUAGCUGAGGCCGUGGAGCCGGCCGCCCGCGAGCUGUUCGAGGCGUGCCGCAAUGGGGAUGUGGAGCGUGUCAAGAAGCUGGUGACGCCGGAGAAGGUGAACAGCCGCGACACGGCGGGCAGGAAAUCGACCCCGUUGCACUUCGCCGCAGGUUUCGGGAGAAAAGAUGUAGUUGAAUAUUUACUUCAGAAUGGUGCAAAUGUCCAAGCACGUGAUGAUGGGGGGCUUAUUCCUCUUCAUAAUGCAUGUUCUUUUGGUCAUGCUGAAGUAGUCAAUCUCCUUUUGCAACAUGGUGCAGACCCAAAUGCUCGAGAUAACUGGAAUUAUACACCUCUCCAUGAAGCUGCAAUCAAAGGAAAGAUUGAUGUUUGCAUUGUGCUCUUACAGCAUGGAGCAGAGCCAGCCAUCCGAAAUACAGAUGGAAGAACAGCAUUGGAUUUAGCAGACCCAUCUGCCAAAGCAGUCCUCACUGGUGAAUAUAAGAAAGAUGAACUCUUGGAAAGUGCCAGGAGUGGCAAUGAGGAAAAAAUGAUGGCACUACUUACACCAUUAAAUGUUAACUGCCAUGCAAGUGAUGGCAGAAAGUCAACUCCAUUGCAUUUGGCAGCAGGAUACAACAGAGUAAAGAUUGUACAGCUAUUGUUGCAGCAUGGAGCUGAUGUCCAUGCUAAAGAUAAAGGUGAUCUGGUGCCAUUACAUAAUGCCUGUUCAUAUGGUCAUUAUGAAGUAACUGAACUUCUGGUUAAGCAUGGUGCCUGUGUAAAUGCAAUGGACUUGUGGCAGUUCACUCCUCUUCAUGAGGCAGCUUCUAAGAACAGAGUUGAAGUGUGUUCUCUUCUCUUAAGUUAUGGUGCAGAUCCAACACUGCUGAAUUGUCAUAAUAAAAGUGCUAUCGACUUGGCUCCCACACCACAGUUAAAAGAAAGAUUAUCAUAUGAAUUUAAAGGCCAUUCAUUGCUGCAAGCUGCACGGGAAGCUGAUGUUACACGAAUCAAAAAGCAUCUGUCUCUGGAAAUGGUGAAUUUCAAACAUCCUCAAACACAUGAAACAGCACUGCAUUGUGCAGCUGCAUCUCCAUAUCCCAAAAGAAAACAAAUAUGUGAACUGUUGCUAAGAAAAGGAGCUAACAUCAAUGAAAAAACUAAAGAAUUUUUGACUCCUCUACAUGUAGCAUCUGAGAAAGCUCACAAUGAUGUUGUUGAAAUAGUGGUGAAACAUGAAGCAAAGGUUAAUGCCCUGGAUAAUCUCGGUCAGACAUCUCUGCACAGAGCUGCACACUGUGGCCAUCUACAAACCUGUCGCCUACUUCUGAGCUAUGGGUGCGAUCCUAACAUUAUAUCCCUGCAGGGCUUUACUGCACUACAGAUGGGAAAUGAAAAUGUGCAACAAGUGCUCCAAGAGGGUAUCCCAUUAGGUAAUUCAGAGGCAGACAGACAAUUGCUGGAAGCUGCAAAGGCUGGAGAUGUGGAAACUGUAAAAAAACUAUGUACUGUUCAGAGUGUCAACUGCAGAGACAUUGAAGGGCGUCAGUCUACACCACUUCAUUUUGCAGCUGGAUAUAACAGGGUGUCUGUGGUAGAAUAUCUGCUGCAGCAUGGAGCUGAUGUGCACGCUAAAGAUAAAGGAGGCCUUGUACCUUUGCACAAUGCAUGUUCUUAUGGACAUUAUGAAGUUGCAGAGCUUCUUGUUAAGCAUGGAGCAGUAGUUAAUGUAGCUGACUUAUGGAAGUUUACACCUUUACACGAAGCUGCAGCGAAAGGAAAAUACGAAAUUUGCAAACUUCUGCUCCAGCAUGGUGCAGACCCUACCAAGAAAAAUAGGGACGGAAAUACUCCUUUGGAUCUUGUUAAAGAUGGAGAUACAGAUAUUCAGGAUCUACUUAGAGGAGAUGCAGCUUUGUUAGAUGCUGCCAAAAAGGGUUGUUUAGCCAGAGUAAAGAAAUUGUCAUCACCUGAUAAUGUAAAUUGCCGAGAUACCCAAGGCCGACAUUCUACACCUUUACAUCUAGCAGCUGGUUAUAAUAAUUUAGAAGUUGCAGAAUAUUUGUUACAACAUGGAGCUGAUGUGAAUGCCCAAGACAAAGGAGGUCUUAUUCCUUUACAUAAUGCAGCAUCUUAUGGACAUGUAGAUGUAGCAGCUUUACUAAUAAAGUAUAAUGCAUGUGUCAAUGCCACGGACAAAUGGGCUUUCACACCCUUGCAUGAAGCAGCCCAAAAGGGCCGGACACAGCUUUGUGCUUUAUUAUUGGCCCACGGAGCUGAUCCUACUCUUAAAAAUCAGGAAGGACAAACACCUUUAGAUUUGGUUUCAGCAGACGAUGUCAGUGCUCUCCUGACAGCAGCCAUGCCCCCAUCUGCUCUGCCUUCAUGUUACAAACCUCAAGUGCUCAACGGUGUAAGAAGCUCAGGAGCCACUGCAGAUUCUCUGUCCUCAGGUCCAUCUAGCCCAUCAAGCCUUUCUGCAGCUAGCAGUCUUGACAACUUAUCUGGGAGUUUUUCUGAACUGUCUUCAGUAGUUAACUCAAGUGGAACAGAAGGUACUUCUAGUUUAGAAAGAAAGGAAGGAGUAGAUUUUAGCAUAACUCAAUUUGUAAGGAAUCUUGGACUUGAGCACUUAAUGGAUAUAUUUGAGAGAGAACAGAUCACUUUGGAUGUGUUAGUUGAGAUGGGGCACAAGGAGCUAAAGGAGAUUGGAAUCAAUGCUUAUGGACACAGACACAAGCUAAUUAAAGGAGUUGAAAGACUUAUUUCUGGACAACAAGGUCUUAACCCAUAUUUGACUUUGAACAAUCCUGGUAGUGGAACAAUUCUCAUAGAUCUAUCUCCUGAUGAUAAAGAGUUUCAAUCCGUGGAGGAAGAGAUGCAGAGUACAGUCCGAGAACACAGAGAUGGAGGUCAUGCAGGUGGCAUCUUCAACAGAUACAAUAUUCUUAAGAUUCAGAAGGUGUGUAACAAGAAACUAUGGGAAAGAUACACUCAUCGGAGAAAAGAAGUUUCUGAAGAAAACCACAACCAUGCAAAUGAAAGAAUGCUAUUUCAUGGGUCCCCCUUUGUGAAUGCAAUUAUCCAUAAAGGCUUUGACGAAAGGCAUGCAUAUAUUGGUGGCAUGUUUGGAGCUGGGAUUUAUUUUGCUGAAAACUCUUCCAAAAGCAAUCAAUAUGUAUAUGGAAUUGGAGGGGGUACUGGGUGUCCAGUUCACAAGGACAGAUCUUGUUACAUUUGUCACAGGCAGCUGCUCUUCUGCCGGGUAACCUUGGGAAAGUCUUUCCUGCAGUUCAGUGCCAUGAAAAUGGCACAUUCUCCUCCAGGUCAUCAUUCAGUCACUGGUCGGCCUAGUGUUAAUGGCCUAGCAUUAGCUGAAUAUGUAAUUUAUAGAGGAGAACAGGCUUAUCCUGAAUAUUUAAUUACUUACCAGAUUGUGAGGCCUGAAGGUACAAUUGAUGGAUGAAUAGUUGCUUUAGGAAACUAAUUCCAGAGAACCUAAAGUCACUGAAGUAACUAUGGCCUCAAAGUUUUACUCCUUUGCUGAAAAAAAAUUCAUCUUGCCCAUAGGCCUAUGGCAAAAGGGUAAAAAAUGUGAAAGAAGUCCAACAUUCUGACUUGAUAAAAGCUUUAAUAGUGUUUUCUAAAUAUUUCCUGUUUUUCAGCACUUUAACAGAUGCCAUUCCAGGUUAAACUGGGUUUGUCUGUACUAAAUUAUUAAGAGUUAACUUGAAUCUUUUAUACAUUAUGCAGUGAUUCUAAUGGAACUCAUUUCCCUCAAUGCCCUCAAUAGAACUCAUUUUACUAAUACAGUACUGUGUUCUUUAAAACACGGCAUUUACACUGAACCCAUAUUCAUUUGUAAAACUGUAAAUAAGAGCUUUUGUACUAGCCCAAUAUUUAUUUACUUUCCUUUGUAAUAUAAAUUUACUGUUUUAGAACUGCAGCAGUUUACAAAAAUUUUUUUCAUAUGUAUUGUUCUGUACUUCACCUUGCAUCAUCCUGAUUGACCUGUAUAUUUGAUUCACAAGGCUAUGAUGUUAGUAGAGACUUCAUUGGGAAAAACUGAAUUAUCAGAUUAAUUUGUUGCUGGAACCAUUUAUCUCUCAUUAGAAAUCUUUUUUUCAUUUAAGAAAGGUUAUGAAUAUUUUGGGGAUUUAAUUUGUGAUACCUUUGUAUGUAUGAGAUACACAUUCCAAAGAGCUCUCUAAAUAAGUUAUGAUUAUGAUAAGUCCUGAUUACAAAAAAGCUUCUUUUCUAACCUCAAACACUAUAUAGAGUUCGUUCUGAAGUUUUUUCAGUGACAUUGUGUGAAAAUUAGUGCUUCUGUUUUUUAGAGACUUCUUUUGAACAUUAUGGUGUUCUUAACAUGUAAUGUAAAUAGAAAGUUAAAUUUCAGAGUUGGGAAGAUAAUUCUCCAAUUGGUUUUAAUUACCUUAAGUCUAAAACAGGGGGGGAAAGUAAUAAGUGGAACUGAGUAUCUGUUCUUUUUUUUUCCCUUGGUCAUAUUAUAUUUAUAGCCAGUUUGCACACCAUGGGUAAAUUCAACCAAAAAUCAUGUCUCAAGACCUUAAAUGGGGGCUGGGGAUUUAGCUCAGUGGCAUAAGCACCUGCCUUGCAGGCAGGCAGUCGUGAGUUCAAUCCCUGGUACCGAUAAAAACGAAAAAGACAAAAAAAAAAAAAAAAAAAAGACCUUAAAUGGCCUCCUGAAUGGGCAGGUGCUGUGAGACUACCGAGUUGCCCCUCCCUGAUGUUCUGCACAGUUGGAAAUAUGCUUUGAGUUUCUGCUCCACAGUGACCGGGCUUAGGUUCAAUUUGGCAGCUGUGAAGGAAAUAGCUAUCCCUUGAAAUGUCAGUCUUGUUUUCUAAUUUAAAGCUGUGUAUUCCAUUGAAGCGUACUCAAGUAUCUUGAUACAGAGCUUGUUGGCUAUAGCUCCUUCCAAAGUCAAGGAAAGAUUUUUACCCACUUUGUGAGUGAGACUUCACACAGUAUGUAAGUUCACCUUCGUUUCACUGUUUUAUUCAGUCUAUUACCCCUUAAUUGUACAUAGAGUGCUGAAUGAGAGUUAAAUCAAAACAAAUGCAUUUCUGGAGUUGUUUCUAUGUUAUAAAUUGUGAUCAUUAUCAGAAGUCAAAUCCUGACCUUGAAGUACUUUUAUACAGGCUCUUUGCUAGUUGCAAAUAUGAUGCUACAGUCAUUUCUUGGAACACAAAUGGAGUAUGCCAAGUUUUAUAUACAUUUUUCAGGUUCUCUAAGUUUUAUAAUUAGAAGAUGAUGAAGUGAAUUAAUGGAAUUUAUAUUUACAUAUCUUAUCACUCAACAUUUAUCCCAUGUUACCCCCGAGCGAAUCUGCAGUUGUCAUCUGAAAUCAUUGUGGUCUGAUAGCUUACAAAAUGGCAAACUGUAUUAUUUCAUCUAAUCCAUUGCUUAUUUGAUGUAUUGUUUUUCCAUGAAUGAUUACAUUGUGGCUAGUAUGUUAGCAUGGCAAUAUUUUCAGGUAGCUUUUUGUUUAUUGGGCGGCUGGGAUUGGAGGUUAUUCUUUUAGUGCUUUGCAUGAAAUACCUUUAAAAUUAUGGAAUUGCUUUUUCUUUUGUGAUUUUUUUCAAGUGGAAUUUCAUUUUUUGUGUGUAUAGUACCAUUAUGCCCAUCUUAAAUGUCUUACUAGUACUGUAUUACAUUCCAUACCCUCAUUUAAUUCUAAAUAAACUGUUGGCUUGUUUUUCUGGGUAGCAUGGUAAUUACUGGAAUAGUAUAAAUGUGUCGAAUGGUCCUUGAGGGAAUAGAGUGAGAUAAUAGUAAUAAGCUACAUUUGCAGGGGUAAGAAAAAAACAUAGUAAUAGUGAUAAAGUGUGCAAUUUAAAGUUUGAAUUAUUGAAUGUUGUGGCCAUGGUUACUCAGAUGCUUUAAGGUGAAAGGUAGUAUAAGAUACUGUUAGACAUUUAGACUAUCUGAUAUAACUUCUUGUUAACUUUUAAAAUUCAUUCCUGGAAAUCAGUCUUCUUAACUUUAUAAAGAGAAAUAUAUUUUUGUUUUCUAUGUCAUAUAAAAACAUUUUCAGUCAAUUUCCAAGUCUCAAAGUUAGUGGUAUAUUUUAUUCUUAAAGUGUAGCAGUGUAUAUAUUUUAUAUUUCAUUAUGCUAAGUGUCCUUGUGUGUUACUAGUUCUGUUUUGUGUAGUAAGAGAAUCGUGAUGCAAACAUAAGUCUGGCUUUGAAAUACAUUUCAACAGCUUUAUUUUUCUGCUUCAUUUAAGAUAAUGUUGAAGUAUUUGCUUGCUGUUUCUUAAACAUGCAUGCCAAUAUAUAAUGUAAUCCAGUCGUUUGCAGGUUAAUGAGGCAAGAAAACAUGCAAAUAAAUUUGCCAAAGCUCUUA